CAAAGUCCUUGGAAGGCCGCUGAGAAAAUCAGCAACAGCAGUGGCGUUGGCCACCAAAACUUUGCAGAAUUCAACGGCUGUCAGCUUCAAAUACCCAAGAAAUCCUCCAUUUCUAACACUAGAAACCGCAGAGAAGGUGAGGGAAGAGAAGAAGAAGAAGAAGAAGAAGAUAGCAGCAAUGGUGGAGGGGAAGAGGUUUGUGUACGAGGUCGAGAAGGCGAAGAACGCAACAGACUGCAGGCCGUCCGUCGGCCCAGUCUACCGUAGCGUCUUCGCCAAGGACGGAUUCCCACCGCCGGUCGAUGGAAUGGACAGUUGCUGGGACGUUUUUCGCAUUUCUGUUGAGAAGCAUCCUGGAAACCGGAUGCUUGGCCAUCGUGAGGUUGUGAAUGGAAAGGCAGGGAAAUAUGUGUGGCUAACUUACAAAGAAGUUUAUGUCAUGGUUAUAAAAGUUGGACUUGCCAUCCGUAGUCGUGGUGUCGAGCAGGCAAGACGUUGUGGUAUUUAUGGUGCCAACUGUCCUGAAUGGAUUGUUAGUAUGGAGGCCUGCAAUGCUCAUGGGAUUUAUUGUGUUCCAUUAUAUGAUACCCUUGGCGCUGGUGCUGUGGAAUUUAUUUUAUGCCAUGCAGAGGUUUCGAUAGUUUUUGUGGAAGAAAAAAAGAUCAGUGAGGUGUUGAAAGCAUUUCCUAAUGCAACCAAAUUCUUGAAAACAAUUGUGAGCUUUGGAAAGGUUACGGCUGAACAAAGAAAAGAGACUGAAAAGUUUGGUCUGACAAUAUACUCUUGGGAUGACUUUCUGUUACUGGGUGACAAUAAACAAUUUGAUCUUCCAGUGAUAAAGAAAAAUGACAUCUGUACCAUAAUGUAUACUAGUGGAACAACCGGUGAUCCAAAGGGAGUAAUGAUUUCCAAUGAUAGCAUUGUUACUCUUAUUGCUGGUGUGGAACGGCUGCUUCAAUGUAUGAAUGAACAGAUGAAUGAGGCGGAUGUUUAUUUAUCAUAUCUCCCUCUAGCACAUAUCUUUGAUCGUGUGCUUGAGGAGUUGUUUAUAUCUCAUGGUGCCUCAAUAGGAUUUUGGCGUGGGGAUGCCAAACUGUUGAUUGAAGACAUUGGGGAGCUAAAACCAACUAUAUUUUGUGCUGUUCCACGUGUGCUGGAUAGGAUCUAUACUGGUCUGACAGAGAAGAUAUCUUCGGGAGGUUUCUUGAAGCAGGCAUUGUUUAACAUUGCAUACUCAUACAAACAAUAUUUCAUGCAGAAUGGAUCAAAACAUCAAGAUGCAGCACCGAUUUUUGACAAAGUAGUUUUCAACAAGGUAAAGCAAGGGUUAGGUGGAAAUGUACGACUUAUUCUAUCUGGAGCAGCUCCACUUGCCACACAUGUGGAAGCUUUUCUACGAGUGGUUGCAUGUGCUCAUGUUCUACAAGGAUAUGGCCUGACAGAAACCUGUGCGGGGACAUUCGCCUCAAUUCCAAAUGAACCAUCAAUGCUUGGUUCAGUGGGUCCUCCUAUACCAAAUGUUGAUGUGUGUCUGGAGUCAGUUCCUGAAAUGGGAUAUGAUGCUAAUGCAAGCAUGCCACGUGGAGAAAUCUGUAUAAGAGGAAAUACUCUGUUCUCAGGAUACUACAAAAGAGAAGACCUCACAAAAGAGGUUAUGGUUGAUGGAUGGUUCCAUACAGGGGAUAUUGGUGAGUGGCAACCAGAUGGAAGUAUGAAAAUUAUUGACAGAAAAAAGAACAUUUUCAAGCUUUCCCAAGGAGAAUAUGUUGCAGUGGAAAAUCUUGAGAACAUUUAUGGCCUUGUUUCCGAAGUUGACUCGAUAUGGAUAUAUGGAAACAGCUUUAAGUCUUUUCUCAUUGCCAUUGCCAAUCCCAACGAGCAAGCACUCAAGCAUUGGGCUGAAGAGAAUGGGCAAAGUGGGGAUUUUGCUUCCCUUUGUGAGAAUCCCAAGGCAAAAGAAUUCAUUCUUGGGGAACUCACGAAGAUCGCAAAAUCAAAGAAGUUGAAAGGUUUUGAAUUUGUGAAGGCCAUCCAUCUUGACCCUGUGCCAUUUGACAUGGAGCGUGACCUUCUUACCCCAACCUACAAGAAAAAACGGCCACAAUUGCUCAAGUAUUACCAGAGCAUCACCGAUGACAUGUACAAUGAUGCCAAGUGAGCAAAUUGAUCCCAAUGGGGUGGCUGCAAUGGUGGGCAAGUACGUGGCUCAGUGGCAGGCACGGUGCGUUUCAACACUUAGGUCAUGGGUUCGAGUGCACCAUGUAGUGUGUAAAAAAAAAAGUACACAGUCAUCCUAUUACAGAUGUUUUAUCUGCUAUGGUAGUCAUUUAUAUACAUUGUAAAACGUUUGUGAAAUGUCUGAAUGGAAGUUGCCAUGCUCGUCAUUUGGAGAAUACAUAUAUAAUACGAGAAGUGACAUAUAUUUUUCUC